UUUGUGCUGGUUAUAUAGCCCUCCUACCCGUCCUGGUCACUGGAAGCCCUCCCGGAGCAGGAUCGACGUCCGGAGGCAUCAAUUACGGGAGACAUGCCGUGAUUGGUAGUUAAAUAAGAGGCGUUUUCCAGCGAUUGUGGAAAUCCGGAGCUCCAAUCAAUUUCUUUUCGUCUCACCUGGAAAGUGAACGAUCCUUUCCAUUUCAAAGCCAAGCAAAGGAGCGAGGAUCCGUUUGUCUCUUUGGUCUUUGCUCCGCCUUUCUCUCCUCACCAGACCACUUGGGGUCUUUUGCAACCACCACGCCUCACCCCAUCCCGUUCUUGAUCUCUUCCUUUUUCAACCUUUUAAAGACGGCAUCCUGGAGGGAAUGCCGCUCCUACUGACAGCUUCCAAGUGCAUCUGAGAAAGCCAGGCAAAAAGAGGUACCCUCGACGGAGAGAAAAAAGGAGAAAUGAGCCCUUUUCGGCAGGGAAUAUUAGUGUUGCUCUUCUUAUUCCUGGAGUAUUCAGAGGCCAAAAAGCAAUGCUGGUACUUUGAAGGGGUGUUUCCUACAUAUUAUAUAUGUCGAUCCUAUGAAGAUUGUUGUGGUUCAAGAUGUUGCGUGAGAAGUCUGUCGAUCCAGCGACUAUGGUAUUUUUGGUUCCUUUUGAUGAUGGGAGUUCUAUUUUGCUGUGGAGCUGGUUUCUUUAUCCGAAGACGGAUGUAUCCUUCACCACUGGUUGAUGAAACAACUUAUAAUGUGUCAUUCACUCGACCAGUUAAUUCCAAUACACCAGGAGUCCAGCAGCCAGGAAUGGCCUAUUAUACAGAUCCAGAAGGAAUUAUGAUCAAUCCUAUGGCCAUGAGUUACCAUGUCCAACCUAAGUCUCCACAAAUGAACCAAGUUUAUCCCCCUCCACCUUCUUAUUGCAACACUCCACCCCCAUCAUAUGAGCAGGCUGUGAAAUGUUCCACAUAAUUUCUUUAUUGAAACCAGCAGGACCUUGGUCAGAAAGGAGAUGAAUCAUGAGUUGAGCUGAAGACUUCUCAGAACUCUACCAUCCUUUGCUGUUGUUUCAACGAGAAUAAUUUGGGCAAUAGUCAUGGAUUUGCAGCACAGGACAAAUUAAGUUUUGACAUAUACAAAAGGAGAAACUUUUUUUGUGUGCUUCCCUUCCAAAACCUGUAUUUAAAUUUCCUUUGCUGACCUUUUUAAUUUAUUUUCUUUGUGAUUUGGAUGUAGUAUAACAUGUUUAAGGGAAAGAAUGGUAGCAAGCACAAAACAAUUUAAAACUCUAGGAAGAUAUUGUAGCAUUUUAUAGAUGAAAAGAGAAAAACUAUGAUGAUGGACUGAAGGCAGUUGAAUUAGUUGAAGCAGAUGAACUUGUUAAUAAAGUUUAGACAAAUAAAAAAUUGAUAUAAACUUGGAGGAAUUGUAAUACAAUAUGUGGAAAACCUUUCAUGUCAGAAUAAAAUCCUUUUGUUUCACUAGCACCAACAUUGGAGGAAAGAAUAUUACAAAAUCUAUGCUACCAUUAUUGAAGAUGAGCUGCCAAAAAUAUGAAAAUGCAUUAUUCUUUUGGGAGUGCAGAUAUCAUAGCAAAUUGCUGAUUUGGGAUGGAAUGGAAAAUGGUAUUGAGAGUCAAUAGUAAUUUGCCAAGAUAGUGUAAGACAAAAAUUAAUGUCUAAAAAAUACUGAUUUGGAGUUUGGAGUUUUUAUAUUGAUUGAGUUUUUUACAACUGUGUUUUGGCAUAUGCUGUUUUUAUAGGUAUUCCUUAAUAAUUGGAUGUGAGAGGUGCAUCUGAAGCAGGAGAACUCAGUAAGGUACUUUGGUUGGUUAUAAUGAUCUGAUUACAAACUUGGGCUUGCUUUUAUAUAUGAGAAUAGAUGGUUAGUAUUUCCAUUUUGUUUUCAGUUCCUUCCUUCCUUCCUUCCUUCCUUCCUUCCUUCCUUCCUUCCUUC